CCUAGAACUCUGUCUGGGGUCAUUGGGGACCCCAAGCAUCUUUCAUGUGGCGGAAGGAUGUCUAAAAUUUAAUCUACAAGUCUGAAGUUUAAUGACUUUUCUUGCAGCAUUAAUUAGUUUGCUCAUUGAAAUUUACGACAAGUUCUACGCACUUGUUUACAUACAAUUCAUAAAAACAGUUAAGAUGGGGUCAUUUAUGACCCCAGAUAGAUUAAAUGUAACUUUUGCUAAGAUUUCAAAAACCUAUGUAUAUCCCAGAGAUUUUAAUGUACAUGAGUCGGGUGGGAGUACAAAGACUGGUAGACACUGGGAGUUAACUGGUUGUAUUGCCAACUAAUUGUUUAGUUUGUAAUUGUCAAUUGGUUUUCCCGUCUAACACUUUUCAUUCCACCAGUCAGGUGGACAACACUGAUUUCAGAAAGCGUAAUUUGGCAACAUUGAUUUUAGUACACGUUAGUUGGCUACUCUGAGUUGGUGAUGCUACCCUUUGUUGUUAUUGUGAGCUAACCUCAAAGUUGUAGAUUGAGAUUGUUAGCUAAAUAACAAUUUUGUGUGGGUGUUUUGGGAUUCAUUCUAGUUCAGUUAUGGAAGGUGUAAAUUUUGCACGUGGCUACAGUGUAGAACAAGCUAUGGAAGACUUGUUUCAUAGCAGCAGUGAUUCAGAUGGUAGUGAUGCUGAUGAUGAUGGGACAGAGACACAAAUAGAAGAAAAUGAUGACAUUUGUCUGAAUGAAAUUGAAGUAGAAGAAAAUUAUACUUCGGAUGAAGAAAGAGAAACCCAAGAUACAAUAAUUGUAAGUAGAAGUAGAAAUAUUGACUGGAGUACUAAAGAACCAACAGUUCGUAGGUUACCAUCUCGCAACAUACAACGAUUUGUAUCAAGUAUUCCUACUACAGUUGUUGUUAACUCGGCUACUGAUUGCUUCAAACAGUUUUUUACAGAUGAAAUGAUAGAUAUUAUAAUUCGGUACACCAAUCAACGGGGAAAUGAACUGAAAAUGUCGGGAAAACUAUUAGACUGGCGUAAUAUAGACAGGCGCGAGCUAAUUUCAUUUUUAGGUUUGCUGAUUAUGUAUGGUGUACAAAAGGGUCGUGGGAAACCUAUUGAAGAAUUUUGGGAUUGUGAAUACGGCAUUCCUCUUUUCCGUGCUACUAUGUCACGGGUACGAUUUCAGGCAAUCUUGCGUUCCCUUCGUUUCGAUGAUUGCAACACAAGACUUGAAAGAAAAGAAAGGACUGGAAAUAAGGCUGAACCUAUACAAGAACUAUUUGAUUUGUUUGUUGUGCAGUGCAAAACAUCUUUUAUACCUUCUAGUAACAUUACUGUAGAUGAACAUCUUUGUGUAUACAGAGGUCGAUGUAGUUUCAAGGUCUACAUUCCUUCCAAGCCAGGAAAGUAUGGCAUUAAGAUUUGGUGUGCUGUAGACUGUGAAAAUGGUUAUUUGGUGAAUCUUCAGAUUUACACUGGAAAAUCAUGUGAUGGAAGGGAAGUGAAUCAAGGCAAGAGAGUGGUCACAGAUUUAGUGAAACAUCUAGCUCAGAGUGGCAGAAACAUUACCACUGACAAUUUUUUCACGAGCUUUGACUUAGGUCAAGAAUUGUUGAAAAUGAACUUAACUCUUGUAGGCACUCUACGCUCUUCACGAAAAGAAAUCCCAAAUGAGAUGCUACCUUCAAAAACUAGAGAAGAAAACACCACCAAAUUUGCAUGCAGUGGCAAAACACUAUUAGUUUCUUAUGUUCCAAAAAAAAAUAAGGCUGUGAUUCUCUUGUCUACACAACAUCAGUUAUUCUCAGUACCAGUAGAAAACAACUUGAAAAGAAAACCGGAAGUUGUAUUGUUUUACAACUCCACAAAAUCAGGCGUUGACACACUCGACCAAGUGAGCCGUCAUUAUUCUGUAAAAAAGGGAACGAAACGUUGGCCGUUAGCUAUAUUUUAUGAUCUCGUUGAUCUUGCUGCACUCAACGCCUACAGACUUUUCUGCGUAGGCUUAGAGAAAACAGAGAGACGUCUGUUUCUAAUGAAGUUGGCUAAAGAAAUGGCAAAGCCUCAAGUGGAGCACCGUGUCGGUUUACCACAAGCAAGAAACACGGCUAUUGUUAGUAGCAUCAAAAUGUGUGGAUUUGGUGAUAUUCUAGAAAAAAAACAUCCAGAACCAACCCCAAACAAUCAAAUGAGAAAGCGAGGAAGAUGCUUCAUUUGCCCCCGGUCAAAGGACACCAAAUACAGUUCAAUCUGCAAACGAUGUAAUAUAUUUGUGUGCAAGGAACAUUCUGAAACAUUAACUACAUGCAAAAACUGUGAAGACGAGUCUAGAAUAAAUUCUGAUGGAGGUGAUUGAAUGAUGUUUGCAGUUAAGUGAAAGAAACUUUUCAAAAUGCUGCAAAUGUCGUGUAAUACUGUAUAGUGAACACUAAGAAACAUUAAACCAUGCAAUACCUAUGGAAAUAACUGGAUCAAAUUCUGAUAAAUAUUUCCGAUACAUAUUGGCAGUUCAGUAAAAUUUUCUUAAUGGAUUAUAGGAUGGGGUCAAAUAUGACCCCAGACAGAGUAUUAAGGAAAAUUGAGCAGACAGAGUUGUAGGGUUAAAAGAGGUAAGGAUUGUGUUACAUUCGUGGUCUCAGUAGCACAUAUUAGGCAGGAAGGAGGUAGAAGUGAAAACAAAAGAUGGGAGGAUGGUACCACUUGAGCUAUUGGUGGUGCAAGGAUAUGGGUUGUGAUUGGGUAGAGCCUCCUGGUAGGGCUGCACCAACUGCAAGAUGCUCAUUUGAAUAGGUUAACGACCAAGCACCCUCAUAUAUUUCAGAGGAGUUGUGUAAAUAUAUUGGACCAGAGGUCCAUCACCAUCCAUCCAGGAAGCAGUCCAGUUAUAGUUUUUGCAGUGAGGGAAAGGGUAAGUGCAGAAAUAGACUGUAGUGCAGAGGUGUGUUUGAACCAGUGUCUUUUUUAAGGUGGGCUUCACCAGUGAUGCCAAUCGUAAAAAGUGGUGGUUCGUUCAGGUUGUUCAGCAUACAAGAGUAUGCUGAACAGUGUGUCAGCAGCAGAGGUAUAUCCAUUGCCCACACUGACAGGCUUUUGCGCUGCUUGACUUAGAGGUAGGUCAUAUUUGAUGAUGCCAUGGCAAGGCUGCUUACAGUCAACAAUGAAAGGACUCUUUAAGGUAAGAAGACUGCCUUUUGGAGUUGGUAGCGAGCCAGCUAUUUUCCAAUGCCUGAUGGCCUCAUUGCUCGCAGAGGUCCCAGGAACUGUAGUUUUGUUGGGUGGAAUUUUAAUAACAGGUAGUAAUGUACAGGAACUUGGAAUUGUGUACAUGAGGUCCUGGAGCGGUUAUAAAAGACUGGGUCAUAAUGUUGAUGGGAGGGGAAUUCACCCUUUGGAGAGUAAUGUUGAAGCAGCUAUACAUAGUGCACCAUAGCCAAGAAAUAAGGAAGAACUACAGGCAUUCCUUGGGGUUUCAAAUGUCUCUGAAAAAUACUUAAAGAAUGGAUCUAAAGUAUUGGAGCCAUCAUAGACUACUUGAUAAAGGGACUCUGUGGCAGUGGAUGAAAAGACACAGCCAGGCUUUUGAGAGAGCAAAGCAACUGUUGCAGUCAGGUCAAGUCCUUACUAUGACCUUGGCAAGCCUUGGAUCCUGACUUGUGAUGCUUCAGAGUAUGGGGUUGGAGCAGUUCUAGCUCAUGAGCUAGGGAAUGGGGUAGAUGCUCCUGUGGCAUUUGGUUCCAGAACAUUGCAACAGUGUGAGCGCAACUACUCCCAAUUGAAUAAGGAAGUUUUCGCAGUGAUCUUUGGUGUAACUAAGUUCAGGCAGUAUCUUGUGGGUAGACAUUUUAAAGUUUAAACAGCUCACAAGCCACUCCUAAGACUAAUGCAUCCUGAUAAACCUAUUCCAGAUACACUUUCUCCUCAUUUACUACGUUGGAGUCUGAUGCUGGUCAUGCAUGUUUAUGAACUGGAAUACAAGGCCAGAUCAGAAAUUAUUCAUGCUGAUGCUCUUAGCAGGUUGCCCCUGCUCAGCCAGGCAUUUACAGUCCCAGCUCCACAUGAUGUACUCAUUCUUGAAGAUUUGCCGGAGCCACUUGUUGACUACUUGUAAGAGGCUGCAGAAACAAACAAGAUUCCAUGUUAUCUGUCAUGUCAUAUGUACAGCAAGGGUGGCCAACUGGCAUUAAAUAUGGGGUAUUGCAACCUUAUGCAAGGCACAAUGAGCUUUAUGUGCACAAAAAUUGUUUGUUAUUGUGAGCUAGGGUCAUAAUACCAACCACCUUACGAUCAGUGAUGAUGAAGAUGCUCCACACAAACCAUGAUGGAAUAGUGGCCCAAGCUAGAUGCAAGAAUUGAGGAAGCGGUAAAGGAAUGAGUUACUUGUCAAAGUUGUCACAACAAUCCCCCCAAGUUGAAGAUGAUAUCAUGGCCAGCUCCAAAGAAGCCAUGGUCAAGACUGCAUAUUGACUUUGCUGGACCAUUCCAAGGGAUGAUCUUUUUGAUAGUUGUAGACGCAUAUUCAAAGUGGCCAGAAGCCAGGAGGGUAAAUAGUAUGUUGGCUGCAGCAGUUGUGCAUGAAUUAUGGGACAUGUUCAUUUGUCCUGGCUUUCAGAUCUUUCAGAUCACAAAAAAUAGCAUCAUUUAUGAAGAAAAAUGGAAUCUGGAUGGUAUUUUCACCUCCAUAUCAUCCUUCAAGCAAUGGACAGGCUGAACGUACUCUACCAACAGUGAAACAGAAACUGAGGAAACUAGCCCAGGGUGAUUGGAGAGUACGCUUGGCUCGUAUGUUGUUUUCCUUAUACACGACCCCUUGUUUAGAAAACCUUAAGACUCCUGCAGAGAUGCUGAUGAAAUGGUGCCAGGAAAAUGCAUCCGAGUGCACGAGGAGACACUCAGGAUAUCUCAUGAGCCCCAGCGUCGCCAAUUUGUUUCUGGUGAUGCAGUCUGGCUUCGUAACUACAUAUUUGCAUGAGCCAAAGUGGGUAGCAGGCUGCGUGAUUGCAGGUGGACAGUUGAUAUACAGAGUGCAAGACGAGCAAGGUCAUGAGCAUCCGCGUCACGUUGAUCCAACUGCGGUGUCUGGGCCAGAAAACGGGGACUCAGGACACCUACCACUGUGACAUCCAUGCUGGGCCAUGACCACUCCAGAGCCCAUUGGACUUCUGGGGUGCCAUCACAGAGGCAGUGAGGGACAGGUCUACAAUUGUGGCAAAUAGGCAAGCAGUGGCAGCAAAUAGGUACUCCCAUGUUCCAGACUUGUCACUAUUCUGUGGAUUUGAUUGUCCUGAAGAACAUUCUGCCCCCCCCCUCCAUGACAAGAAACUUCUUGAUUUUGUAACAUUCUAAGAGGGGAGAGAACCUGUUAUGUUUUGAGACUGUUAGUUUUUAAGUAGGGUAUUAUGUAGUUAUAAAUAUGUAAGUUGAUAAGAAAGUGAGCCAUGUCUGAGUUUUAAGAAGCCACUACCGUCAAACGGGGUGACUUGAUACAACAGGGUGACUUGAUACAGUAAGUAAUAAUUUUUAAAUGCAUUAAUUUUUUAAUACAAUAUUAUUAAUUUAUAAUUUGUUAUAUAUGAAACAUAUAAUGCAUAUGUAAAACUUUCUUUAUGGGCUAAAUUCCUUUGUACAAAAUGUAAGUUGGUACUACUGAGUCAGAUGUAAACAAAGUGCGAUAAGGUGUACACAAAAAAUUGUUUAAAACUUUGUGUUGCAAAAACUAUUGAAAAUAAUAGCAGAAUGUUGAUUUUUUUGUGAACCAACUCGAGGCAAAUGCUGGGAUGGUUCUUCGCAACAGGCCGUGACUGAUUCGAGCCCCAAGUUACCCCACUUGUGUCCUGCGAGAGUUCAGUGAUCUUGUUGCUGACAAGAUGGAAACAAAAAUUAAUAUGGCAAUGGAGGUCAAUUUGAAACCACGAAUGAAGAAUAAUUGAAUAACCAGGGUUAAACUUACAUCUAACAGCCUACGGUGAAACACACCACCGAGACGGUGGAGUGUGAACAUACCGGCACGGACGUUGUUUUCCGGGUGUCCGGGGAUGCGCCGUCACUGGCCAUCACUUGUAUCGUCACGUCGGGGGUGGCUUCGCGGUCCAGCAGGCCUGGGUUCGCGACCUUCACCUCCCCCGAGUUGUGGUCGACGGUGAAGUCCGAGCUGUGCUCCCCCACCAGGCUGUAGCUGACCGCACCGAACACGCCCUCGUCUCCGUCCGUCGCCUUCACGACUGUCACGAGCGUCCCGACCGGGGAGUUCUCCUUCACCGAGGCUUCGUAGCUGUCCUGCCGGCAGAUGCACGCUCAACCAAACCAUCUGACAUCUGCUUCCUGACUACCAACCACCACUUCUGAAAAUCCUCUUUCUUUAUUUGAAUCAACUAUCAAAUUAUUCAUGAAUAUCAAAUAUUUUUCAAAUUAAAAUUAAACAUACCACCGUUUUUUCUGACUUUUACAGCAGUCAAAGAAUAUUUAGUACAAAAUACAGUAAAAUGAUAAACGAGAGAAUUAUAUGUGGAACCAUAACAGAGUGGUGUAAAAUGCAAGAAAAUAAAACCCCCCAUGGCAAUGCAUUUUCUUAAAUCAAUAACAAUUUGAAGUUCAAAAAUUACUUUGUUGAUACAACUGAUUAUAAACUUAAAAAUGUAGUAUUUACAAUAAUUUUUAUCAUAAUCACAGAUUAUUUUUACACACAGAAAAGAUGUGCUAUUUGCAAAAAAAAAAAACAAUCCUAAGUCUUGUUAUCUUCAUAAUUUUUUUCCAUUUAAAUAUACUGUAAAUAAAUCUCACUUAACAUAUCUAUUGGUAAAAAAUAAUUUAAAAAAUAUUUGGUUUGAAAUUUUGAAUCCAAUACCAAAUUAUUUAUGAACAUAAAAUAUUUUCCUAACACUCGCUGACCCCAACAAAUGUAUCAAGUCAUCACAUUACCAAUAAAACUAUCAUUUAAAUUUUGGAAAUACAUAACAUCUAGAAGGAGGAAAGAGAAUUUGUUGUUUUUUUAGGGUUAUCUGCUUGUAAUUAAAAAAAAAGUUUUGGAAAGUACUAUUCUGGAAUGAUUUUAGCUGUGUUUCAAAAUUUAUUCUAGCAUAAGUACAUUUAGAAUAAAAAAAAUUUCAAAAUAGAGCACUGGAUAAAGAGUACACUUUAUAUAUAGUACUUUGCACUAAUCCAAACACUUUGAAACAUAUGUAAAUUGUUUUCUUUUGUUUUAAUCAAUGAGCCAAUAAAAUAUGAAACUAUUUUUCCUAA